GCAAAGCUGUUGAAGGUAGACUGCUACUUGUGCAGGCAGUUUCAGAAGUGUCUGGAUUUUUGUAAAUGUUUUUUCAUUUGUCAGAUUUUUAGUCCUUACAAACAACACUUGGAGGCUGAACCAGGGAUCAUGAUUUUAGAGGUGCCAGAUGGUUUUGAAGAUGUUGCUGUUGGAUUUUCAAGAGAGGAGUGGGACAUACUGAGUGAACAGGAGAAAGAGCUGCACAGGGAGGUGAUGGUACAGAACUAUGUGAACAUGAUUUCUGUAGGUUACAACAUCCCAGUGGACCAACUGUGGUUAAUUAUUAAGAAACAUGAGACAAUUCCACCUGGUGACAGUGACGGAGGAAUAACGGUUCAACAAACGCAGCUUCCUGGUAACAGCGCUGACAUCAGCAGGAAUGCAGAUUUCAGUGAAAUUCAGAGUCAGUUGCUAUCAUGUGGAAUAUGCAAGAACUCCAGAUGUCACAAAACUUUGCUGGCUGAUGCUUUUAGUAUAAGAUACGACCAGGAGCAAACCAAAAACCAGUACCAUAACUGUGUGGAAAGCACUGAUAGUUUUGUACAGAGAACUAAACUUGACAUGCAUCUGAAAACUCUUAGAGAGGAAAGUCCAUGCAGAUGGGUUAAUUCCAGCAGCACAUUACCCCUUCAUAGUGGUUUUUUGAAUCAAAGUGGGAAAAAUCAAAAGAAUACAUUGGCAACAGAUGAAUUUGUUGUCAGCAGCAAGAAGCUAAAUACAUAUGUCACACCUGUUAAUGAGAGAAAAGGUGACCCUCACAUACGUCCCACAUGUUUCACAAAAAAGGCAGACUUGGUAAACCAUCAGUAUGUCAACAAUGAAGAAGAAAAAGUAUAUAAACAUGCUGUGUGUGACAAAGAUUUUGUACAGAAGAGUAACAUGAUAAAAGAAGAAUAUACCCACACCAAGCAAAUUCCACAUAGAUGUGAUUUAUGUGACAAGACUUUUGUGGAUAAGAGGUACUUAAUAGAGCAUCGGAUUAGCCACACUGGAGAAAAACCCUAUAAAUGCUCAAUCUGUGACAACAGGUUUAUAUACAAGAAUUCUUUGUUAAGGCAUCAGAGGCUCCACACAGGAAAUAAACCUUAUAAAUGCCCUAUAUGUGAAAAGGAAUUUACACAGAAGGGUAACAUGAGGCAGCAUCAGUAUAUCCAUUCUGGGGACAAACCUUAUAAAUGCACCAUAUGUGACAAGAGUUUUGUAUCGAAGAGUAAUAUGGUAAUGCAUGAGAGCAUCCACACUAGACAGAAACCCUUUAAGUGCGCUAUGUGCGAUAAGACGUUUACACAGAAGAGUGCAAUGACAGUGCAUCAAAGCAUCCAUACUGGAGAGAAACCCUAUAAGUGCACUAUGUGUGAUAAGAGGUUUACAGAGAAGCGUGCUAUGGUAAUGCAUCAAUACAUCCAUACUGGGGAAAAACCUUUUAAAUGUACCACAUGUGGCAAGGGCUUUACACAGAAAGGUAACAUGAAAAAGCAUGAACUUCUUCACAGUGAGCAGAGACCGUAUAAAUGCUCCAAGUGUGACAAGAGUUUUAUAUGCAAGAGCAAUAUGGAAAGACAUGAGAACAGCCACAGUAGGCAGAAAUCCUCUAAGUGUGCCACACGUGGCAAAGGGCUUGUACAGAAAGAAUGCAAUAUCUCAGCUGCAAACAUAUUUUGA